AUGCCCAAACAACCCAUUCCCGGCGUAGGCAAGUUUAAAGUUACCGGGGACAGCAGCAAACCUCUCGCAGUACAUCAGGGGUGCAAGACCAUAAACGUCUUGUCAACGCCUAUAAAGACGACGCCUGCAGUUCGCGAUUACCCAACACCCAAUACGUCCUCUGAGAACAUAGAGAGAAAACCCUACAAGCCAGCAGCCACAUUCCAGCUGCCAGAAGAGUUUUCAAGAGCAGAGUGCGAUGCGCUGUUGUCCAGAUACUCGGAAGUAAUUCAUCCUCUAGUUCCGCUUAUAGAUAUCCACCACUUCUACUCUAUGUAUGGGAAGCCGUGGCCAAAUGAUAACCAUUUUGUGCUUGAGUUGCUCACCAUUCUUUAUUCAGCUACAAUAAUCAGCAAAAUGCCAUCCCAGUCGCUGAUAGACCUGAUGUUCAAGUAUCUGAACUCCGUGCCACCUUUACAAAAGUGUAAGUCACUGAUAAUUCUGCUUUUUGUUCAGCCUAAAAACCCGUUUGGAUCGGUAUCCACGGUGCUUAAUAUCUCAAAUCUGCUUGAGCUACACAGAGACCCAGUUUCGCACCACCAGAUACAAGAUCCGGGACAGGUCCAGCUCCGCAGAACACUCUGGUGGCUGCUUGUCCAGCUGGAUUGUUUUUCUGCCCUGAAAAACGAUUUUCCACCUGCUACAUCGAGAAAUAGAGCGGACACAAAAAUGCCAAGCGAAAAUUGGUCCGCCGAUGGAGUGUCAAUUAAUCCGAGCAUAGCUCUACUUUGCGGCAUCUCUCACUGGUGUAUGUGUUGUAACGAGGUCUGGGAGCGAAAGUAUAGCCUGCAACCGACAAGUUCGGGCCAAGCGGCAAAAUUCAAGUCGGAAGUCGAGAACCUUGCUAUCGCCUGCUCCGCUACAAUCCAGAAAUUAGCAAAUCCCACAUGUUCGCAAAACGACAAUGACUUUAUACAGCUUGCAAUUGCCGUGAUUGCUUCUUUGCCUGAUAGGCUAAAACUCAUUAUCGAACUGGCAAGAGAUAAAGUGGGAUUGGUUGCAUUUUAUCGGACUGACCACUAUCUAAUACAAUCUUUACUGAUUCCUUCAUAUUCCAAUUUUGCUUGGUAUUCAUUUUUUGAGCCACGUCAAAUUAGCAUCAACUUGUUCCGUUCGAUCCUAAACCAGAUCCGCUAUCAGCGUAGCAGAUCGUCGAUUGUCUCGAGCGCCACUUUCAGAUUAUUGCAAAAAGCUAUACAAUGCAGCUCCCACCCACAGCUGAAAAUCUUGUUCAAUGAAUUGUGGAGUCAAUUUUUCGUUUCCCAACUAGGAAGCUUGCAAAUCAACAAGCUUCAAGGGAUGAAAAAAAACGUGACUGCCCUUAAACUCCGAUACUUCGACCAAGAAUUGCUAGCUAUUACUAAUCACUCAGGUGGAUUCUUUUGA